AUGGCGCACAUCGAGGUCGUCGAGGACGACGCGCCCGCCGAUGACUAUGGCGCGGUGCUGGACGAGGUACCUAUACAUAACGCGCAGGUCACGCAUGACUCUCGGCGAAAACGGCGCGUACGCCCUGUACAGCCUCAGCCUUCCCGCUGGAAGCGCGCUGGCCUCUGGUCGCUUUUCUGCCUCGUCUUCUGGCUCGCGUACACGAUGAGGAGGCACCUCGAUCGGCCCUCUCAGGAUAUGCAUGCGAAGAGGUGGGACGUCAAGGUCGCAAUCCUGCUCGCGCUCAUGGACCUGCUUGAACCCAUCUCGAUCUUCUUCUUUCAGCUAAAACCCACCUUCGUGAAGCACGCGGACGAUCUGUCGAAUGUCACCCGUGCAACACGGUUCACCAGUCUAAGAUACAGGGAAUGCUCCAAGUCCCAGCCGUCUCUCGCAGCCUUGCCGCAGCGCUCUCCCCAGUCCCAGCCCGCGUACCACUAUCCCAGCGCGCAUCCCGGAAUCCCGGCGAGCAUCUCUGGUGUACAGGGGUCACACAGUGAUAGCGCGCAGGAAAUCUCCAAGACGGGUUGCCUCGUCGUUGAGAUGGUCGUCCUCGCCCAUGCCACCGAGUCCUUCGUCGAAGUGAUCGGCGCUAGUGGCACGCUCCUCAAGGCGAGCCCUCUGCCUCUUGACCCCCUAAGACGUCUGGCAGAAUAG